AAAUAUCCCCCCAACGACCUUCCUUACGAGCUUCUCUCUCUCUCUCUCUCUCUCUCUCUCUCUCUCUGACCCCGUACGGGCGCAGCGUGAGGCUCUGCGAAAACCCUAAUCAUCUGCUGCCGCAGGCUCAAAAGCUUUUAACUUGCUCCGAAGCUCCUUCAAUGGCGGUUCUUGCGUGGUGAAACAAACUCCUCAAAAGCCAGUUCUCAAAUUCUCCAUAUUCUCGUCUUCGAGAGUCGCCAUCGCUGGACUUAAAUUUCAUCGCCAUUUUAAUCCGUAUCUGAUUCCUCCACAGCUCAACCAGAACUUCUAGAAAAAAAAGGGUAUAUAUAGUUCAUUGUUUCUAAGCAUCGUAGUUAAUGACUAUAUAUAUUACAUAUAUAUAUAUUAUUCUUCGUCUAGAAGAGAUUCUAAUCGGCUUCUUCCUUUCGCUUUUUGACUACUACCAUUCAUGUCCUUCGUUGAACUAAAUCAAAAUAAAGUUCAGAGUUUCGGAGAGGAAAUAGAAGAAAAUUGGGAUCUGGGUAUUUAAGAUGUUAGAACAUCUUCGCGAUUCAGGCGGCGAAAGAAUUAGUCGGGAAAUUUUAAAUUCAAGUCAGAGUUCAUCAAUGAGCAGCGAGAGCAGUUUCAGCCGUCUCUCAUUCGACGCCACGGUCGAGCUCUCGCCGUCCACCCACUUGCCGGAAAAUCUGGCGCCGAAGCCUCAUCAGGCGUCGGACUCUGCCUACGAAGCGAUUCGCUCGGCCUCUGUUUGCCGGAAAACAGGGCUGGGUUUCAGGGACUUCGAGCUGGUGCGGCAGAUCGGGAGCGGCGAUAUCGGGAAGGUGUACCUGUGCCGGCUCCGGAGCUCCGGCGAGGAAAGUCGGGUUUAUGCUAUGAAAGUGGUGGAUAAGGAGGCUCUGGCAUUGAAGAAGAAGAGUCAUAGGGCGGAGAUGGAGAAGAAAAUAUUGAAGAUGGUGGAUCAUCCUUUCUUGCCUAGUUUAUAUGCUCAUUUUGAAGAUUCGCAUUUCUCCUGUAUAGUUAUGGAGUUUUGUUCUGGUGGCGACUUGCAUAACCUUAGACACAAGCUGCCUCAGAAACGUUUUUCUCUGAGCUCCGCAAGGUUUUAUGCGGCAGAGGUUCUGGUAGCCCUGGAGUACCUCCACAUGCUGGGAAUCAUCUACAGAGACCUAAAGCCCGAAAACGUACUAGUCAGAUCGGACGGUCACAUCAUGCUCUCGGACUUUGACCUAUCCCUAUGCUCCAGCGCGAUCCCAGCCAUUGAAGGCCCUGACACCUCUCCAAACACGCUGACCCAUGCGGCCCCACGCAGCACCCGCCCACAUGCGAUCCCUCUCUCCUGCCUCUCCAACCGGCUGUUCCGGUCGCGGAAGGUGCAAACGUCGUCCAGCAGCCGGCUGUUCGUGGCGGAGCCGGUAGCCGCUCGGUCAUUCUCCUUCGUUGGGACCCAUGAGUAUGUGGCCCCGGAAGUGGCCUCGGGUCGGCCCCACGGUAACGCCGUGGACUGGUGGGCCUUCGGAAUCUUCAUCUACGAGAUGAUCUACGGACGGACGCCUUUCUCCGGCGUAUCCAACGAGGCGACGCUGCGAAAUAUCGUAAAAAUGCCCUUAACAUUCCCCAAUGCCAUGCAAGCCCAAGCAUGCGAAGGUGAGCACCACGCGCGGAGCCUUUUGACCCGGUUGCUGGAUAAGGACCCGAAUACGCGACUCGGGUCAAAGCGCGGAGCGGCCGAAGUCAAAACCCACCCGUUCUUCGUAGGCCUUAAUUUUGCUCUUGUACGGUCGCUGGCGCCGCCCGAGAUUCCGGGCCUCAGACGACUCAGAACGACGUCAUCCUACCGCGGGAGGAGUAGUACAAGUAGGAGACGAUCUACGGCGUUCGAUUACUUUUAAAUGGUAUGAUGCUCGCCACGUGUAACGCCGUCCUACGUACAGUUUUCAUUGGCCGGAUAUAAAUGUAUAUGCUUUGCACCUCUCUCAAGUCCCUGUAAGGGAAGAUUUUUUUUUGGUUUAUUAUCUUUUACGUGUUGCUUAAGGUGAUGUUAAGAAAUAAAAAUUUUGAAUCCAAAAUUAAAA